AUGUCAGACUCAAUAGAAACCCAUAAUCUGGAGGAUUUGUCACCAGUGGAGAUAGACACUGUUAUGACUACGAAAUCCCGACUUCCAGAAUUUGAUCGUAAUGAUCCUGAGUUGUGGUUUGCUCAACUAGAGCAUUAUUUCACGAGACACAAUAUCAAAUCUGAAGGGAUUCGCUAUAGAGACUUGUGUUCUAUCCUUCCUCCUUCAGUCGCCAAAGAAGUCCGUGACUUGAUUUUAAGUCCACCAUCACCACAACCAUACACCAUCUUAAGACGAGAGAUAAUGAACCGUUUAUCAUUAUCAGAUAGUCAAAGAAUCCAAAGACUUUUUCAAGGUGAAACACUAGGUGAUCGGUCGCCGUCACAGUUUUUACGUCACCUCCAAGUCUUAGUGGGUGAUAACACAGUGGGUGAAGCAGUCCUAAAACAAGGAUGGAUACAAGCUCUCCCAUGCUACGUCCAACACUGUUUGGAUCCACAGGAUCCUGAAACCUCAUUAUCUCAUUUAGCGCGUAUAGCCGACAGAAUAAUGGAAAGAGGUCCUCCAACUGGAUCAGGCAUAAUAAAUCACACACGAAAAGUAGAAUCAGCAAAAGACCCCGUAAUAGAAGGACUCAUUGCGAGUGUUAAGAGUCUCACUGAGGCGGUCACCAGAAUGCAAAUGGGUGAUAGAAACAGGAGCAGGUCACCACAACGACCAGGAUCCAAGUCACAAAACAGGUCACAAAUGUCCAGACAAUCUGGGCAGUUUUGUUGGUACCACUGGAAGUUUGGUGUCAACUCAACCAAGUGCAUGCAACCAUGCGCCUGGCCUAAGCAUAAUUCUAAGUCAGCGGGAAACGAGUAA